UAGACUCUGGACACAGUUGCCUAACAAUUCCUUUCAUUUUUAAAAACAAUUGUUAUUUUUUUGUAAAUAAAACUUACGAGUCUCUAAAAUUAUUAGCAAAGUGCAACCAAUAACCAUAUACCACUAGCAACAUGCUGCGGCUUCUUCAAUCAUUCAAAUUGCCAUUGCCAAAAUCUUGCGCCCGAACCUAUCUACAUGUACUCUCCACCGUCCAGCGCUCGUCCACACAACACGCCUCGGAAAGCCGGCACUGCCGAGGUGGAGGCAGCCACCACAUCAUUAUGUGCAGGCCACGCCCACGACUGUUGCACAUCAAUCGAUUCGGCGGCGGCAAUGAUCGAAGUGCUGGCAACAAAGGCAACUCCAGUGACAGCUCCAAAAACCACUUGGGAGAUUACAAAUCGCAGACGGACGAGGUCCGAACUUUGAGGUGGGGAAUAGCGCCGGUCAGCCUCAUGGCAGAUGACUUUGCUGCCGCUUUGACUGUCCUGCCACCACACCGCCACGAGAUUGUCUCGUGUGCAGCGGCCUAUCGUUCACAUGCCCUAGCCUUUGCGGAUAAAUAUCAAGUGAGGAACGUUUACACCAGCUUUGAGGAUCUAGCCAAGUGUCCCAGCGUGGAUGUUGUGUACAUAUCGCCGCUGAAUCCGCUGCACUGUGAACUCUGCCACCUGAUGCUGAACCACGACAAGCACGUGCUGUGCGAGAAACCGAUCUGCAUGAGCGAGUCGAAGGCAGAGAAGCUGCUGCAGAAAGCCCAGGCACGCGGUCUCUUCCUCAUGGAGGGCAUGUGGCCACGCUGUGUGCCCGCCUAUCACUUUCUGCGCCAUCAGAUUAUGCGCAAUCGUUUGGGCGACAUACAGAAUGUCCACUGCAGCCUCGGUCUGGCCGUGUCGCAGAGCAAGUUGGCCCUGUACGGGGGUGUGGCGAGCGAUUUCGGUGUGUAUGGGCUGCAGCUGGCGCUGUGGGUGUAUCGGGAAGUGCCAGAGAAGGUGCGGGCCACGGGGAAGCUCAACGAGGAGGGUAUCGAUGUGGUGGCCAAUAUAGAGCUGGGUUUUAGCCAAAAUCGCUGGGCCAGCAUCGAGGUGAGUGCCGAGGAGAAGCUGAGCAACAAGGCCAUCAUCCAGGGCAAGUCGGGCAGCAUCAAGAUGACCAACUAUUGGUGUCCCACGCGGCUCGUUACCGAGGACACGGACUACGAGUUCCCACUGCCUGGCGGCGGGGAGGUCACCACCCACUAUCACAACCGCUUGGGCAUGUGCUACGAGGCGGAGGAGGUGCGAAAUUGCAUUCUGAAUGGCAGCACCCAAAGCGAACUGUUCAACCACAACGAGAGCCGACUCCUGGCCAACCUAAUGGACAGCAUACACGCCCAGCUGGGUGUGGGUCGGAGCUCGGAAGUUUAUACCAAAUUUCAGCUGGAGAACGAUUUGAAAAAUGCCACCGAGAUUGAGGCCAAUCGGGAGAGCAGCGAAGCAGUAAAUAAAUAAAUAAAUAGUUUUCUC